AUGGCUGCUCAGCCAGAAGAAGGAGCUCAACCUGGGCGUCUAAAAGAAGUCAGACUUGAAGAGAGCAGUGACACAGAACUCAAGAGAAAUGUUGGGAAUAAUGAGCUGCCAUGUCUCAGUGAUGGUGCUCAAUGGAAACAGUGUUUUUAUGCAAAGGUACAGCAGAGAUGUUUGAGUCUGCAGGAGACAAAGGUGAAGAUGAUUCUUGCACAAAAGGCAAAAGAAGAAAAGGUGAAGAAGAGGGAACCCUGUGACUUGCUGACCAGAGACUGGUUCAGUGAAGUGAAAGUGUCACUGGAUUCUCGCAUCUAUUUGCUUGAGAAACUCCUACCUACACUAAUUCCAGGAAUGGAAAACCUCUUAAUGGAAGUGGAAAGAAAGAACGUGCUUGCACAAGAUGAAGAAUCAACCACAUUUAACCCCAUUAAUUUUCUUGGACAAUAUCUGAAGAGACAUAACCCUCACUAUGGUAUUGCUACAAAACCAAGCCCCUACCUGAGAGGAAUGGAGAUGGUCACAGAGGAGCUAAAAGCUCAGGUGCCAGGUACAGCACUAGAAAGACUGGCCAGGAUGAAGAUUGAGGCAAAGAAACAACGUAAGGAAAGGGAGCAGGAGGAAAAGAUGAAGUCUAGGAUAAAAGAGAUAAGAAAGGAGGAGCUGGCCAUUCAAUUCAAAACGUGGAGAGUGGAUGUCAGUGGCAAAAUACCCCUUGCACUGGUUCAGAGUGCCCUGAAGUCUUUUCCAGAGUUCAUUCCUUCUACUCCCAUAGAAGUGAUAGAAGCAAUCUCUGUCAGGAAGCUGAAAAUUAUGGACACGUUGGAAAAAAAAGUAAACAUAGAUCAAUUCAAAGAGUAUGUCUAUUGCUUCACUGAAAAUUUUUCUAAUGACACGUUCCAACAAAUGCUGAAGCACCUCUGCCAGUGUGCUGAUGACUUCCAAAGAGCAAUAAAACAUGAUAUGUGGAGGCAAAUGUUUGCUGAUCUCUUCCUAGAUUGUGAUUAUGGAAAGGUUGGUGUCUUAGACAGACAAAAAACACUUGCCCUGCUGGUAGAAUUCUAUGACAAGAACCCAGGGGUUGCCAAGAGGGGAUUCUGUAACCCAAGGCAGUGGCCACUAAUUGAGCCACAAGAGAUUGAGCUUGCUGAUUUAUGGGGAGGCCUUGCUGACCUGAAGGUUCGUGAGGAACCCAGUGAGAAGUCAGUUGUGUCUCAAACAGAAGUUUCUGAGGAAGUGGACAAUGUGUCUGCAGUGAAAAGCACUGACUUGGAAGCCAGUGGUUUGGAUGGAGGUGCAAUGCAGAGUGAGGAAUCCAGUUUUCAGGAAAACACUGAAACUGAGAAGCAAACUGACUCUGCAAGUGCAGACAGACAAGAGGAAGCUCUCCUAGGAUCAACCUCUGCUGGGCACAGUCCCAGCAGAGAUGGAGAACCUGCACCUGAAAAACAGGUGGAGAAAGAGGAAACUAGUCUGGGUAGAGAGCCUGAUACAGAAACAAAGAGGGAAGAUGAUGUUAUCUCAGCUGGAGAACCUAGCUCAGAAGGACAAGGCAGUCAGGAGGACAAUCAGACUGCAGAGACAACCAACGUCGUUUCAGGACCAACACCUGAAGCUACAGCCAUGUCCUCAGAAGACAAAGCUCUGGCAGACAUGGAUGCUCCAGUUGCAGAGGCUGUAAAGACAACUCCUACAGAAAAAGAGAGUUUUUCUGGGCAGCCUGACAGCCAGUUGGACCAGCAGACAAGCUCAGAGACAAGACCAACAGAUGAGGACCUUCUGCAAGACCAGGGUCCAGCAUGCUCAGACAGACAGGAUUCUCUAGAUGAAGCUGACCAGGAGUUUGAAGUGCCAUGGUCAGACCUGCACCCCCUCAUGGCAGGGAUUCAGGAGCGUUGGGCUUCUCCUCCCAGGAGUGCCUUCAAUGAGAGCUGCCUCAACCUGCCACGGUUCGUGCACCUCGUGGAGACCUUUGUUGGUGAAGAUGUUUCACUGCCUACUCUGAAGAGACUUGUUGCAUUUCUCAAAGAAGGAUACCAACAGACAGAAGAGGAAAAAAUGGAACAGCUACAAAAAGUUGACCACAGCUCUCGCAUGGCACAACGGAAACUGCUGCUGGAGGCACUUUUUGAAAAGUGGGAUAAAAAUGCAUCUGGGCUUCUGAACCUGGAAGAGGUGGUUGCUGUUCUAAGCACACUCAAGGAAGGGACGGAAGAAGAAGCCUUGAGGAACGCAAAGGAACACCUCUGCUCCCGUUACCCACAGCUCAGCAGGGCAGGGAAGCUUACCCCAGGGGCAUUCCAGACGUUCUUGGAGUUGGUUGCUUCUGAGCUCCCUGGCUAUGAGGAUGAAGUUAUUGAUAAUUUGGUGCAAUUUCUGAACAGAAGGGUGAAACAAAGUGAAACGGAGUGUCUGCGGAGCCUUGCCAGGAGGAGGUGGCUGCACAGUGUCCAGCAAGCAGCUGAGACCAGCCGAGCAAGCAUGGAACCAGUUUACAAGGCAGUGUUCAGUGCCAUCUCCCAGGAUGCAGAAGCCUAUGGGGAUAACAAGAAGAUCAGUGCAUAUAUUGCCCUUCUGGAAGAGAACUAGCUCUCACCAGAGCGGGGACAGCUUCUCCUGCACUAUGUGGCCUGUACCACAGAUGAUGCUCCAUAUGUUCUAAACCAAAAACUUUACAGAGACAUGAAAGGAGUAAGCUUCACAGCUGUGGAAGAGGGAAAGCCAAUCUAUGUUUCAAGAGUUCAUCUCCAUGGAAAUAUUCACUUCUGGAACAGAGACCGCCCAGAGAUGAAUAUAAGAGGUGCAUUCCUGGUCCUGCCACUGCAUGAUGCUCACUGGAGAGCCUUUGGCAUUCUAGGACUUGACACUCUUCGGGAUGAGUUUGAGGAAACCAUCUUCCCGACCCAUGAGAUCAUGUUCUAUCAGGGAGUGUCUCGUGCUUUCAGCAGAGCCUACCACCACAUCUGCACGCUGGAAAGUCUUCUACAGAUGACUGUUACUGCUCUGGAAUGGUUGCACUCCCAGGCACCCAACAUCCAGUCAGUUACUGCCUACCUGGUGGAGCCUGGCAAAGAUCAGGUAUGUGCUCUGCACAAGAUGAUUACUACAGAUAAUGCAGGACGAAAAGAAAUUCAUAGCUCUCCUGUUCUCCUCAGAAAAGAAAACCUCUUAAGAGAUUAUCUGUUUAAGUGCAUAGACAGUUCAGAGGUCAUUUGCGCUUCUGUCUAUGGAGAAUCCCACAUUGCAGUUCCUCUCCGUGACCUCUCAGGACAAGCUCUUGGCUUAUAUGAUAUCAGCAUUGGACACCAGAAAUUGCCACCUCAGGAACAAAAAGACCUGCAGAAAAUGCUGAAGAUGGCCCAAGCUGCCUGCUCUGAGAUACUGAAGAUGUCUUUAGAGGAAACAGAACCAACCUAUGUACUGGAGGCAGAGCAGACGGGGCGCUCGCGGCACGCGGGGAUUCUGUUCUACCGGUUCCUGCUGCAGGACCUGCGGGAGUGCAUCCGGAAACUGGGUGCUGAGCACUUUGCUGAAAUGAGGAGCUAUGCAGAACCACCAGCUCUGCUUCAUAACAUAGUGAAGGCUGUGCUGUUGCUUUUCCGUCCGGACUGGAAGGGCUCAAAGCAGACUGAGAACUGGAGUGAGUGUAUCCUGAAACUUGAUGACAAUUUGAUUCAGGAGAUUUAUUGCUUUGAUCCAACUGCUGCAUUUGUGGGAGUGGAAUCAGAGCUGCUGCUGGACUUCAUCACUGGUGUCCCCAGAGCAGCAGUGUGGCAGCUCCAGUCGGCUCCAGCUGAGUACCUGUACCACUGGGUACACACCUGCCUGGCACUAGCAGAGAUCACCAGGAACCUGGACAGUAACAAAGCUCCAUCUUUAGCCCCUUUUGCUCCGACUUAA